ACACUUUCUCACACCUCAGCUUCUCCCCCAUAAACCCUAGUUCUCUCUCUCUCUCUCUCUCUCUCUCUCUCUCUCUCUCUCUCUCUCCUCGCCGCAUCUUGCUUGAAGGGAGGAAGCAGUUUAAAUAUGAGUAUGAACCGAUUUACGGUUUGUCGAAUGGAUACUUUAAGCUCAGGUGUUGGGUUGGGGUUUUCUCUAACGGCGAUCCAACCAUCCCAGAAACACCUAAGGACUAGAUCCUCUUCCCAGCAGAUCCUUUGCUUUCCGAUACAGCAAAAAUUCCUUUCGUAUAAUGCAUACUCUGCUGGAGAACAACAUCGUCAGAAGACAUUGAUCAGUCGGAAAGGCUUAGAAUGUCGAUGUUAUGCUCCGACAGAAGGAAAUGUUAGUAAAGGGGACGAUUCGGGAAGUGGGCCACGGAGGAAAAGGCUUGCCAUUUUUGUCUCUGGCGGAGGUUCGAAUUUCAAGUCGAUUCAUGUGGCUACUCUCGAUGGGUUGAUUCACGGAGAUGUUGCUGUUCUCGUCACAGAUAAACCCAGUUGCGGAGGAGCUGAAUAUGCAAGAAACAACGGCAUCGCAGUUAUUUUCUUCCCUAAGUCUAAAUCAUCGUCAGAGGGUUUAUCAACCGAUGUACUAAUAAGUGCUCUAAGGAAAUUUGAGGUCGAUUUUCUUCUCCUUGCCGGUUACUUGAAACUCAUACCUGUCGAACUAGUACGGGCGUUUCCAAAAUCCAUAUUAAACAUCCAUCCUUCGCUUCUACCGGCAUUUGGAGGCAAAGGGUUUUACGGUUUGAAGGUGCAUAAAGCUGUCAUUGCCUCUGGUGCCAGAUACUCGGGUCCGACCAUCCACUUUGUGGAUGAACAUUAUGACACUGGUCGGAUUCUCGCUCAGAGGGCUGUGCCCGUUUUGGCCGAUGACAGCCCCGAGCAAUUAGCUGCAAGAGUCCUUAAAGAGGAGCACAAGGUUUAUGUGGAGGCGGUUGCUGCGUUAUGCGAAGAUCGCGUGGUAUGGAGGGAAGAUGGAGUUCCUCUCAUUAAAAGCCGAACAAAUCCAGAAGAAUACAUCUAAAUAAUUUACUGCAGUGCACAACAUUUGUACUAAGGGAACUGAUAUCGCCAAAGUAACUUUGACAAUUGCUAGAGCUAUAGAACAUGGUUUGAUACAAUGAAUUUCGUUUUGCAUUAUCAAAUUUCAUUUUGGUGGUAUCAAUUCCCUUGUACUAAUAUACACAAUUUAGAUUAUCCUCCGGGGAAAUUCUUUUCCUAAAUAAUGAGGUUUAAUUGUUCAUUUAUAAACAAUGACCAUCAGUUUGUAUAUGAACUCUUUCUCAACUCAUUGUAUCAAUCUUGUUUUUUCCUUCUCGAGAACCUUCUUGUGAUAAUUGAUGAGAUUUUUUAGUA